AUGGCUAAGAAGAUGGAAUUCAUAGCUAAGUUAUUUCCAUUUAAAUUAGAAUAUCAGUUAUUGAAUGACGGGACGCACUUGAACUUUUUGUCGCUUUAUGAAAGCAAAAUGAAUAAAAGUUCUUCAAAUCUUGUCUGGGGAGCCGCAGAUGGGUAUAAAAGCAACCUUAAACGUGAGGAGCGAAAGACCAGCAAGGAAUGGGCGAAUCCAGAUAGGGUAUGA